GUAGGCGUAGGUGCAUGUGCGUUUUCUGAUCUCAUGUCUCAUGUUUACUACAAUUCAACAGAGAUUAGAGGGAAACACCGAGGUCGCUCGCUACUACGCAACUAAACACUCAUGGCGUGGCAAAUACAGACGAAUAUUCUCAGUAGGAAAACGUGCAAUCGCCACCCUCAAUCCAGCAACUCUCGAAAUCACCAAUCAGUGGGAAUACAAGGAUUUUUUGGAUAUCAGUCCGAGUCCUAAGGCGAGCAAUGAGUUUGUUAUUGUUGUGAAGAAGGGAAAGAAGAAGGAGACGAUGAACUUUACGACUGAGUAUCGAACUGAUCUGCUGACUGAGACGUUGCGAUUGAGGGCAUUAUUUGGAACAAUGGACGGUCAACCACCUCGUCCACCAGAUCCCAAAUUCCAAGGAUAUAAAUAUCAAUGGACAGAAAAACGUGUCUCAGUUGUUCUAUCGAUUGGAGCUUGUUCACUGAAUCAGAUGGAUGCUGCUGAGUCGAGCCGCGUUAUUGCUUCGUAUGACUAUAAGGACAUUGAAGGCCUUGUGUUGAUUGACGACGCACCAGGAGCUUUUGCAGUCAUGUCUGGAGGUUUUGGUCGAAUGCAUAUAUUUGCUCUUCCUGAACGGGACGACUUCAUUCGUAAACUAACGGGAGCCUCACAAAUAAACAUCGGCGAAACUCUGAUGGUGAGACGUCGGACGGUGACAUUAGAGGAAUGUCAGUCAAAGAGAUUAGGGAAAUACAGUGAUGAUGACUCUCUCACGUCUCUUGCUGAAUUCAGUGUUCAGAAGAUGUCACGGAGACAUUCUGGUCCUGUUCAUCGUGUGCUGUGCCUCACUGAGACAUGCAUAGUGGAAAGAGAUCCGGGAACGUAUUCAGUUGUGACGUGUCGACCUCUGGGUGAUGUGUUUGCCAUCAUUCGUCAUCCAGACAAACCCCAACAGUUUGCCAUCGAAUACCUAAACGGCACACUACGUCGAUACACUGCCACACAACGAGACUCCCUCCUCGCCAGCAUGCUGGACGGAGUCAGAGCCAGCGGAAAUCGCGACAUCUGCGUUCGAAUGACGAGGACAGAACGCGGACUACGAACAGCACCGAUCAAUAUGCCUGUAGAUGAAGAAGUAGAAUCACAGCUGAUGAAGCAUAUGGGAUCGUUGGGACCGGGUGAUGUGUUUGGAUUGGCUGUGGCGUUGUUCAACCAUAACGUGCCGUAUAGUGGUCUGUUGCAUGCCGUCACUCAGGAUGGGUUGUUUGCUGAGAAUAAGGAGAAGCUGAUCAAUAAUACAUUGACUGCACUGCUGGUGCAUGAAGGCCAACAAGACGUGCCAUCAAACGAAUUGGAAGCUCACUUCCAGGCUCUGAGACGCUUGUUCGCUUCCAAAGCUGGUUUCCAUGCAUUCACCGGACUCCUAAAUAUUCGUGAACGAUUAGGCAUGAAAGUUGUUAAAGCUCUGAGCAGGAACAACACUGGUGUGACUCAUGCAGCCGUCGACAUGUUGUGCUCACUUAUGCAGCCAAUGCACGACAACUACAGCCUUCGUCAAGAGCAGUUGAACAAACAAUCGCUGCUGUCGUCAAAGAAGUUUCUCGAGAAGCUGCUGGAGAUAUUCGCUGAGCAUGUGACACGUGGAACUGGCGCCCUCAUCAUCAGUGCCAUGCUGGACUUCUUGAAUUUUGCUUUGUGUGCUCCAUAUAGUGAGACAACAGAAGGGGCACAGUUUGAUAUGCUGCUGGAGAUGGUUGCUAGUCUCGGUCGUGUCAUUUUCAAGCUGUUUCAGCAUCCAUCAACAGCCAUUGUAAAGGGUGCUGGGAUGCUAAUGAAAGCGAUUAUUGAAGAGGGUGAUUCAGAAACGGCGGCUCACAUGCAGAAUCUUGCUCUUGCUGAAGGAACUCUCCAACCCUCCAAGCAAGGCUCUCUCCGUCAAGUGGAGGCUUUUCUCAUGCACUGGAAAUCGCGCGUCGGAAAGAACCGCAACAAACGCAACGAGGCCUUCGACCAGCAAGUCGCUCUACGAAAAUGCAGACAGAGAAUCAAGGCAGACGUCAACUGGCUCUACUUCUAUUACCAAUUUGAAGUCGAUCAUGCAGAGCCAGCGCUCAUAUGGAAUUACAAGACGAGAGAGGAGCUGAAGGAGGCACUAGAGACUGAGAUCCGGUCGUUCCAUGUUGAUAAGGAUUUGGGUGGUCAACACGUCAUCUCGUGGAAUUACCAAGAGUUUGAAGUUCGAUAUGAGUGUCUGCAGGAUGAGAUCAAAAUUGGGGAUUAUUAUUUGAGGUUGCUGCUUGAGCAUGAUAUCAAACCAGAACAGAUUGAUAAUCCAUUGGAGUUUUUUAAUGACUUGUAUCAUCGCUAUUUACUUGCAUCGAAAGCGUCAAUGAAAGCAAUGUGUCUUCAGGCGAUGACGAUUGUUUACGGCAAAUGUCAUGACAAAAUUGGUCCAUUCAAUGAUGCCAGACACUUUGCUGUGAUGUUGGAGAAAACGUGUGAUCGGCUGGAAAGGGAUAGACUGCUGCAGUUUUUGGACAAGCUGCUGUACAACAGACGUAACGUCAAGGAACUACUCGAUGCACACAUUAUCAAGAUUUUGGUUGACCUAGCGACACUUGCUCACCUUCACACAUCAAGAGCUACAGUGCCUUUGCAGACAAAUGUAUUGGAGGCUUCACCAGACAUGAGGUUGGACACAGAGAAGGAAUGGUAUUAUGGGAAUAAGGAGAAGGAGAGGUUGGGACCAUUUAGUUUUGCUGAGAUGAAGGAAUUUUGGGACGAAAGUGACAUAAAUGGUCGCACUCGUUGCUGGGCACAGGGAAUGGAUGGUUGGAGACCUUUGGAACAAGUUGCUCAACUAAAGUGGCAACUCAUGGCGACUGGCAAUGCUCUAAUGAACGAGAGUGAAAUGACCACGUUGGUACUCAAUAUGCUCAUUAGAGUCUGUAGUUUCUACAAGAGCAGAGAUGAUGAUGAUGCCAUUGUUCGUCCAUUGCCUCGUUGCAAACGACUCUUAUCAGACAACGUGAAUCUCCCACAUCUAGUCCAACUCUUCGUAACCUUUGACCCUUACCUCGUCGAAAAACUAGCCACAUUGCUCUUGGACAUCAUGCAGGACAACCCAAUGCUUCCUCGUCUAUUCCAGUCUGGAGUUUUCUUCUUCAUUCUUAUGUACACAGGAUCAAACGUGUUGCCCAUUGCGAGAUUCUUGAAGUAUACGCACUUACAACAGGCAUUCAGACCAGAUGAUAGUCCUCCAGUGUCAGAUCUCAUGCAGAUGAGUAUAUUAGGGCAAAUCAUGCCUGAAGCGAUGGUCCAUUUUCUUGAGAAUUAUGGUCCAGAGAAGUUUUCUGAAGUCUUUCUCGGUGAGUUUGACACUCCUGAGACAAUAUGGGGUGGUGAGAUGAGGAGGUUGAUGAUAGAGAAGAUUGCUGCUCAUUUGGCCGACUUCUCACCGCGACUGCAGAGCAACACAAGAGCUAUUUAUCAGUACUGCUCUAUUCCUGCCAUCAAAUAUCCACAACUGGAGAACGAACUCUUCUGCAACUGCUACUAUCUACGUCAUCUGUGCGACACUCAACGCUUUCCCAACUGGCCAAUCAAAGAACCGAUUAAGUUAUUGAAGGAUAUUUUGGAGGAGUGGAAGAGAGAGGUGAACAAGCAGCCAGCCUCGAUGUCUGUAGAAGAGGCAUAUGAAACUCUCGGACUAAAGACGGGAGUUGGAGGACACGAAGAGGCACAAAUCAGGAAAUCAUACUUCAAACUCGCUCAAAAAUACCACCCCGACAAGAACCCCGACGGACGAGAAAUGUUCGAGGCCGUCAACAAGGCGUACGAAUUUCUCUGCUCGAAAUCAACCGUCACAUCCGGCCCCGACCCAGCACGAAUCGUCCUCAUCCUCAGAGGUCAAUCAAUCUUGUUUAAACGUUAUAACGACCAACUGCAAGAGUACAAGUAUUCUGGCUAUCCAAUGCUGAUCAAGACGAUUAAGCUAGAGACGGACGAUGACAGUUUGUUUUCGAAGUCGGCCCCACUGUUGUCCGCUGCGGCUGAGCUUGCGUUUCAUACGAUGAACUGCUCGGCGUUAAACGCUGAGGAAUUGAGGAGGGAAGGUGGGAUUGAGGUACUACAAGAGGCAUAUGCUCGUUGUGUGAGCGUUCUCAGUAUGUCUUCAACACAAGACGAUCGAGCUGUGGAUAUUUGUGUUCACAUCACACGUUGCUAUCGAGUGGCAGCUCAGUUUGAACAAUGUAGAGAAAAGAUGCAGGAAAAUCCAGCGAUCAUCAGUGAUCUCUGCAGGAUUCUCUAUUUUAAGAAUCUUCCGAAACUCAACACCGUUGCUGUUCAGUGCGUCAGCACUUUUGCUGUUGAUUAUUGGCUACAAACCCACCUUUUACAGUGUGGUGUGUUAUGGCCGCUAUUGCUUUAUCUUUUCAACUAUGACUACACGCUUGAUGAGAGUGGAGUUGAGAAAAGCGGCGAGACAAACAAUCAGGAAGUGGCUAAUAAUCUUGCCAAGAUCAGCAUCAUUACUCUUGCAAGAUUGGCAGGAUACCUUUCGGGUGAUGAACUCACUCCAGAGAAUCCAACUGUACAGAAAUCUCUCAGAGCAAUGCUCACUUCAUACGUCUGCAAGCAACUCAGAAAGCAGACACCUACAGAGGUACUAAAAAUACUAAACAGCAACACAGAGAAUCCAUACUUAAUAUGGGAUAAUGCAACGAGAGCCGAACUAACCGACUACGUUACAAAACAGCAACAAUCACAAAUAAGAACGGGUGAAUGUGAUUCGGAACUUGGAGCGAGUUUUGAGUUUACGGUUCACAAGGAUGAGUUGCUUGUUGGUGAAAUAUUUGUUCGUGUUUAUAACGAACAGCCGACGUUUGUGUUGGAAAACUCGAACAAGUUUAUUACGGACUUACUCAACUUUCUUGGGUCUCAAGCAGAAUAUUUGCAUUCCUUGAUGGCUCUGACUGCGUCAGAUGUAGAUACUAGUAAGACGGGUCAGAAUGCUUCACGGCUAAAGAACAGCCAGCUGGCAAUGGAGGCACUGAGAAAUUGCAUUCGUAACAAUCCAGGCUCGGAGCUUCAAUGUUUGGGCCACUUCAAGCUUAUCUUCUCACUCCUACGUAUGGGUGGAGCACAAAAACUGCAACUGCUGGCUCUUGAAGUGAUUUCUGCAGUAACAGGUAACAAGCGUUGUGUAUCAAACAUCGCUGAAGCUAACGUCCUCACCUACCUGCUGCUUACUCUUCACACAUUUCCACAAGGUCGAACUGUUGGUCUGGAAAUUCUUCAUGCUCUUACUUCACACACACAGAUUGUGAAGGAGGCACUGAACAAAGGCGCUCUCAUCUACCUUCUCGACAUCUUCUGCAACUCCACCAAUCCAGGCGUCAGAGAGAGUGCAGCCACUCUCUUCGCUAAAAUGAUAGCAGACAAACUGUUAGGCCCCAAAGUUCGUCUCAUUCUCAACAAGUUUCUGCCUCCCAUCUUUAUGGAUGCAAUGCAGGACAAUCCUGAAGCAUCUGUACAUAUGUUUGAAACUGCUCAGGAGAAUCCAGAACUCGUGUGGAAUGAUGAGGCAAGAGAGAAGGUGCAGAAUGUGGUUAAACGAAUGAAACUAAGUCAUUAUGAAGCUCAGAAAGACAAUCCAGACACAUUAUGGAAGCUCCCACACGACUUCCUUGUUGUGUAUGCUGAUGUAGAAGGCCAGAUCAUAAUCGGUGGGGUCAUCCUCAAACUUUUUAUCCAACAACCUUCUUGGGCUUUGCGGAGACCGAAGGAGUUUGUUGUUGCUCUUAUGGACAGAUUUGAUAAUUUGAUAUCAAUCAAGGAUCCUAAUGGUGAAGAAUUGGAGACGGUUACACAAGCAGCAGUGUGUCUGUUUAUUGCACAGUCGUCGAUGGUCGACAUGCUUCCUCAGCUCGGCCACAUUCCCAAAAUGAUUCAAAUGAUGAAGCAAACAAAGAACGAUGCUGUUUCUAAGGCAUGCACCACAGUCGUCCAACAGAUUGUCAACAACGAUGUUUGCGUAUCCUUGAUUGCAGGAAUGCAGUGCAUUGAUCCGAUAAUGACAGCAAUGAAGGCUCGUGGAGACGUCAUUGCUACGGGCAGCGAGGCAUUGCACACGCUGUUUGAGAAGCAAAUAUCUUCAUUGGUUGGUCAGGCCCUGUCUGUUGGUUUGGUUGAGUAUCUGCUUGAACUGUUGGAGUCAACACUUGUGGGAGUGGAGAGUCCUUCAGCAACGAAAGCAUUGAUUGUGAAGACACUGAAGUCGAUGAGAAAAGACUUAUCGUUUGGCGAACGGGUUGACGAGAUCUUGGAAAAGUCAACUGUCUGGGAGGCAUACAAAGAUCAGAAACACGACCUGUUUAUUCAAGAUACUGUAGUAGCUGGCUAUCUAACUGGGCCUGUUGGUGUCGCUGGCUACUUGACUGCGGGUCCUUCCUCUCAAACACAAGUGAUGUCAGAUGAGCCACCACCUAUGGAAGCACAUGCAGAAGACGAAGAACUGGAUGAAUGAGUGGCAACACAGACACUUAGCUGCUUAUUGUAUAUGGUCACUUUUCUAUGUUGGUGUUAAUGUGACGAACGAUUAAUUAGAUAGUCAAGCAUAAGUAUGGUUUCGUUGUUUUCAAAAAAAUAGUACAAUUUCUGCCUGCCUACCAGCAAACAUUCAUAGCUCUGUGGUCAUUUGCUUGGCUUGCUGCUAGGGAUCACGUGAUUUUGAUACUAUUGUAUCACGUGAUUUUAAUUAAAAUA